AUGUCUGCUAGCGCAGACCCUCCAAACGUCCUGGAAUACCGACCAGCCUUCAAACAGCGACCCAAGGACAUGGGCCCACCUCCACCUACCGUCACUGGAACCGUUGGUCACCUGACUGCAAGCGCUCAUAUAUCUCUGAGAGCGGCCUACACCCAUUCGAAAACCCCAAUGGAUCACGGUGCCGAUCUCCUCAAGCAAGCAGAACUUACGGCAGAGAAGUUUAAUUUGAGGGAACGUGAGACUUAUAUUGGGCUUGGAGUAGAUGCAGCCGCCUUUGAACUCUAUACGGAGUGGGUGUACUCAGGUCGUAUCUGUAAGGGCGCCUCAACCGCCAGGGCCAAAGACACGGAUCUUGCCUUUAUCGGCCAAGCAUACAUCCUUGGUGAGAAGCUACUUGAUCACACAUUCAGAAACGCCGUCGUUGACUUCCUUCUUGAGACAGUCGUUGCCACAGGUAGUCUGGACCUUACCCUACCUACGCUCAUCUUCAACGAGACUUCUGCCUCGGCGCCUAUCAGAAGGCUACUGGUUGACCUCUAUGCUUGUUACGGACACAAGGACUGGCUGAAGGCUCUCGUUAACCAUAACGCCUUCCUUUCGGACCUCAUCCAGAUGGAAAGCUCUGUUCCAUGGGCCAACGUCACCCUCGAGAGAUAA